UUUGCCAACAGCAGACUACUUGGCAUUAAAGACGACUGGCGGCGGGAGCUGCGGUAACCUCUUUCCAGAAUCUACUGUACACUUUUCGUGCCAGCACCAAAUUUUUGAUUAACUUGGUGAAGAAAGAAGAGGAAAACCUGAAUCUUUGCCUGACAGUUUGAGGAGUGAUCUGGGUUUGGUUGUUCCAGCCUUCCUGCCAGCUGAAAUCCUUCUUGGCAUCUCUUGGUGGAGAAAGUCUUGGUAAAAGUCCCUUCUCUCGGAGUCCUCAGUGGAACACCAGCUCAGACAUAUCUGUAUAACAGUUAUUUUAAAGGCUUGAGGAAGAUUUAAACGGAGCAUUUGUGGGAUCCAUAUACGCAAAAACAUGGCAAAGAAAAACAGCCACAAGGAUACAUCUGGUGUGGUGUUUGACACACGCUCCAAAAUGGUGAUGUCACAGGGAGGAACAGCUGAGAGGAUGAAGGAGAAGAUCAGUGCCGUCCGAGCAGUAGUCCCAAACAAAAGCAACAAUGAGAUUGUGCUGGUGCUGCAGCAUUUUGAGAACUGCGUUGACAAAGCUGUUCAAGCUUUCCUAGAAGGUAGUGCAGUUGAGAUCCUGAAGGAGUGGAAUGUCACCGGCAAAAAGAAGCCCAAGAAGAAAAAGAAGCCCAAGCCUCAGCCCGAGGCCACAGCGGAGCCUACUCCACCCGAGAGCACAUUGCCAGAGGAGGGCAAGGAUGAGAUGAAUGGUUUUCAUGCCAAUGGAUCCGUAAUGGAUGGAGAGUCGCUGGAUUCACUGAGCGAACAGCUAGACUCUGCUUCAUUGGACGCAGCAGAGCUGGACUCUGAACCCACUACGUCUGAGACAGCCGGUGCGGAAGCAGAAAGUCAAGGCCCGGUUUCAAGUUCUGUCCCCCAGCAAGAGGGGAGGAAUCACCAGGGUCCCAGAGGCAACAAGAGUAGACGCAGGACAGGCUCGGGUUCACAUCCCUCCUCUUCCUCAUUAGUGUCAACCACUGAUGGACAAGCAUCAAUGGGAGGAAAGAAAAUAGCUUCUACCAUUGACCGCUCUGUGAAGGACCUGCAGAGGUGCACCGCCUCACUGACUCGCUACAGGAUGGUCGUCAAAGAGGAGAUGGACUCGUCAAUCAAGAGGAUGAAGCAGACGUUUGCCGAGCUCCAGAGCUGUUUAAUGGACAGAGAAGUAACUCUCCUUGGAGAAAUGGAUAAAGUGAAAGCAGAUGCCAUGAUGAUUUUGGACGCCCGGCAGAAGAGAGCAGAGGAGCUCAGACGACUGACGGACAAGUCGGCAUCCAUGUCGGAUGAGCAGUUGACUGAACUGCGAGCAGACAUCAAGCACUUUGUGAGUGAACGUAAAUAUGACGAGGAUCUUGGGAAAGCAGUAAGAUUUACAUUUGAUCUGGAACCACUGAAGACGAGCAUCUCGGGGUUUGGAUCAGUUUAUCAUCCACGUACAGGAUACUCAAAUCGGUCCCGUUGUAGCUCCACGUCCUCUUCUGUCGCCAGCCCGAGCCUGAUGGAAACUCCUCCCCCCACUCAGACCCAAAGCGUCCCCAGUGAAAACCGCCCCCCACCAAACAAACAGAUUUUCCAAGGGAACAGGCGUACUUUCCAGGGACAAGGUUUUCACUCGGGUGGUCAGCGGUAUAACGGCAGCUCCUACCAUGACAGGAACGCCGGCCGCGCCAACCACCGCUACCAGGGUGAUGGCGGCCACACUUCACAGCACUCCACCAACUCCAGAGCUCCCUCUCAUUCCUCCUCAUCCUCCCACAACCAAGACCGCUUCUCUCACAAUGGGCUGCCUCAGAGGCCUCCGCGGACGCACUGCCCUUGACAGUGGAAAUCUCCGUCUCGAUCAAACCCCUCUAACUAACCCUUGCACUCCCUUCCCCGUUCCCACCCCGUGUCCUGCACACUCUCCCACUAUACUAACUCCUUUCAAUGAAGAAUAGAAUACACGUUUACAUAGUUCCAUCAGUUGAGCUGUAGUGCCACCUUCUCUACAUCAGUCCGUUCAUCUGUCAGACUUGAAAAGCUCUCGCUGGUUUGUAGUCACUCUUUUCUUUUUUCCAUUCCUGCCCUCCAGGUUUAGCUAACGGCUUCUAUCUUUAGCCUCCUUUGAGAAAUCUCAUCGCUACGCUAUCGUCAGCCUCUGUUGUUAAUUUUUCACAGUUGAGCAGUUUGCCAGAGAACGACAACAACUCGUGCACCAUUGAAGUUGAACUCAUGGUACUAUUUCUGUUUUUUGUUUGUUUGUUUGUUUGUUCUUUGCUGUGGCCUGUGUCAGCUCUCUGAUUCACACCCCCCCACACACACACACACACACAUCCCAGAAUCAUUUCAAUGCCUUCACCGUGGAAAGUGUAGUAAAAGUGCAACAGUAGUUUGAGCAUGACCCAGGAUUUUUGUCAUCAGGAGAGUAGACAUGCAAUCAACACUACAGAUGAUGUUAAUGUUUGCAAGGGGGGGGGGAAACGAGAGAGAAAAGAAACAUAUCAAACUGUGAUGCAGAGCUUUUUCUUAUGGCUGCUACAAACAAUAGGAAACAUUUAGAUGUGUUUUGAGAGGAAUUCUGUGAACACUUUGAAACAGUUGGGAAAUGAGGUCAUUGCUGUCUGGCCGAGAGUUGGUGAUCAGAGGUGACUGCUGUCAGUCUUCUUUCCUAUGAAGCUACGGCCUGCAGCUGGUGAGCUGAAAUUCUGAGCAUCUCUCAUUUUCCAGUCUUCAAGCUAAGCUCCAUGUCUCAGGCUUUAUCUCCGCGGCUGAGACACAAGCGUGGGAUCUCGUCUUUUCAUCUAACUCACAGCAGGAACGCCAAUAAUAGCAUUUCCUGUUUUAACUGUUCCUAUAAUAUUGCCCGAGGCGGCGAUGUAUUUACCGUCCCACUGGCCAUCGUGGUUUGCGCGUGCGCUGUCGUUGUUGGCUUGCUCUCUCUGUUAUUUGUUUUGAGAAAGAGCGCUCAUUAGCUUUUGUAAAAUCUUCUUAAAAGGAUCACGACGAACUGUCCGCAUGCUGGUUCAUCGCUCGCUCUCGACUUUUCUUCUGGUAGGUUUUCCUUUCUUCUUUGUUGGUAAAUACAUGACGAGCUUGCCUUUGGUCACAGAGAGACUUCACAUUUGCCUUUGACUAGAAUCGUGGACGUCUGCAUCCCAGUGGCUUUUGUUUAAAAAAAGAAAAAAAAGGGCACAUGUAAAGGACACGAGUGAUUUCCAAAUCUGUGUGAGAAGGUUCGAGAGCCACUCAUCCGCUUUUUAUAAACUCAUUAGUGAAGGUAACAUUGAUCAAACUGAUGCUGUUCUCCUCACACAUCUUUUAUAUAUUGCUUCCAAUUAGAUGCUGCAAAGCUGCUGAUGGAGUGAAUUGUCUGGUCAUAUUCUCCAUAGUUUUGCGAACAAAAAAGCUGGUGAAUACCUCAUUGCUGAUCUUUUGAUGCAACCUGUUUUCUUGCAGUGGGAUCUUGUUAAAGGACGGAAACCGUCUUGUUUUCUUGAUGUUCUGUACGUAGGCGGAGCUGCGCGGCCGUCACAUUAUUGCUGCAUCUUCUUCACGCGUAGUCUUCCCUCAAGCAGAUAUUUGGGAGAAAAGAGGGAAAAUCUUUGGAAAAAAAAAAAAUCAUGGAAAACUUUGAGAGAAAUUAAUUUUGUUGUCUCCCCAUUUUUGUUUCUUCGUUUGCUUUUCUGAUUAUGGGAGUUUAUUUUAAUUUUGUUGUUUUGUUUUCAUUUUUUUUAGAUUAAAAAAAAAUAAAAAUACCAGUAACUCCCUGGAAAUUUAUAUAACCGAGUAGAAAUUUGUGCUGUGAUGAGACAAAAUGUGGCUCCAGUUUGACUUGAAGGGAAUGUGUUUUUGGAAAUAUGCUUAUUUGCUUUGUUGUCCAGAACAAAAAAAACAACAUUCUCUAGGAAAAGCUACACAGGGGUGAUAUUUACGUUAUAGUUUGUUUUUUUUUUCCUUUGGGAAAUAUUUUCUGGAAAAAGACGAGUCUCGACGGGUUGUUUUGGAAGAGCUUUUCCAUCCAAGCAGGGUUAAAAGACGGGAAACUGAGGUGUAGGUGUAAAAGGACAAUCAGUUUUAUUGACGGGAGGGAUAUGAUGGCCGUUCUAUUGAGCCCUUAUGUUGUAAAGUUCUGUUUUCAGUUCAUCUGUGUCGAGUAAUUCAAACAGGAGACCUCAGGCGAGCGAGUAUUCCAUCAUAAACCAUCAUCUGUUUUCAUAAUCGGUGCAUCUAUUUUCUGUUUGUUUUCAUUUAAAGUGAGAUUUGCAUACACAACCUCAAAGACACUGAGAAGAAAGCAGAUAUUCACAUUUUUAGAAUUUUUUUUUCUUUCUUUUUAAUCGGUUAUAAAGGUUGCUGUUGUAAGAUUUUGUUGGUUCUAACUCGUGAGCAAUUUAUUGUUUUAGUUUUCCAGUGCAGGUUCUAACAGGGACUCUAGAACAGUUCAGUUUCUUGGUAAUGAGGUGAAAAGGUGUAUUUCCUUAAAUGUUUAACUACUCCUUUAAAUGCUUUCUGGGGCCAUAAGCCAGUUAUAAUGCCACACAGAUUUUUUUUUUCUUUUAUUGACUGAAGUUGGUUGAACUUUUAACAACUCUCCUCCGUGGAUUGGUGUGAACUUAUCAAAGCUGCUGGAGCAGAAAUAAACCAGUGAGUCUUCUGUUAGAGAUGCUGGACGAGUCCAAUCCAAACUUAGAGAGAGAGCGAGGUUUUCUGUUCCGAGCUUUCUCCGACUCAUUUUAACCACUUUUUGUUUUCAUAACUUUAGGGACGUUACGGACAUCACCAAAGAAAUAAUCUCAUCCUGUUAAUAAAAAAAAAAGAAAGUUGCUGCCUUUUUUGCAAACAUUUCCAAAGGGGAUAAAUUCAACACUUAAUCUUUAUAUUAUUUCCGUCCUUCUUUUCUUUUCUGAUUCUUUUCUGUAUAUACAUAUAUGUAGCUAUAUAAUUUUGUGCUCACAUGGGGCAUUUUGUAUGUGAUAUUCAUAUGAGGCAUAAAAAAAAAACCAUCUAGUUAAGUCAUUCUUCCAGUAGAACAUUGUGUCCUUCUCAAGACAACUUCUCUGAGACAACUGUAAACUUAAGUGCCUUUUCUUGUCUCCCACUGAUUCACUGACGUCCCCUCAACCGGAGUCUGGACCAAAGACAUCAGCCGUCCCCAACUCCCCUGCCCGCUUACCCCACUGAAUGGCACACUUUUCAUUUACUACAAAUAAACGGUUUGCAAUACUGA